CUAUUGAUUUUUGUUAUGAACUUCUAAUGCUUAAAUGUGUAGGUGUAAUUUCAUAAAAGGAAAUCCAAUCAAAUUCCAUUUAGAGAAACUCCGACGCAAUGUCCGGUUCCGAUCCCGGCAAGCUCAUCUACAAAGCCGACAAUUUAACAACGCUAAGCCUUACAAGGUGGAGUGCUGAUUGGGAAAGUGCUACCCGUUUGUAUGAACAAGCUGCCAAUGGAUUUCGAGUUUCGAAAGAUUAUGAGAAUGCUAAAUCGGCAUUCGAGAAAGCUUCCAAAGGACGAGAGAUGCUAUCCUCUCCCUGGGAUGCAGCUAAAAGCAUGGAGUCUGCUGCUGCAAUAGCAAAGGAACUACGCAACUGGACUGAAGUUAUUGACUUUUAUAGAAAGGCAUCCGAGUUAUACAUGCAGUGUGACAGACCACAAUAUGCAUCGGAUUCACUCGCCAAGGCUGCCCGUGCUGUGGAAGAUGCUUUGCCUAAUGGUGCCAUUAAACUGUAUGGUGAUGCCUGUGUUCUUCUUGAAGAUGAUCGAAAGGAACAGAUGGCCCUUGAUCUAUAUCAUGCUGUCACUAAUAUUUAUGUAAAACUUGAGAAGUACACAGAUGCUGUAGCUUUCCUUUUGAAAUUGGGCUUAGCAGCUGAUAAGUGCAAUGCUACAAAUAGUCAAUGCAAGGCGUAUCUUAGUGCAGUGAUCGUGUAUCUUUAUGCUCAUGACUUAAAGCAAGCAGAGAAGUGCUACAAUGACUGUUCUCAGUAAGCACAGUUCUUUCUCAACUUCUUUUGAACCGCUAAGCAUUGGUGUGUAACGCCCCUUACCCGAGACCGUUGCCGGAGUCGAGCACAAGGCACUACUAAACUUAUUUGAGCACUUAACCAAAUUUAGAUAAUUUAUAUAAUACUUUUCAGACAAGCUGUCCAACUGUGUCAUAGUUUCUAAAUAAUUCAUAUCUCGAGUUAUAAAACUCGAAAUCCAAAUCCGUAAAUUUUCUCUGAA